AUGCCGAAUAUCCUAAUCAUAGGCGCAACCCGCGGUCUAGGCGCAGCACUCGCCAACCUCUACGCUUCCGGUCUCAAGAACACCGUAUUUGGGACGACGCGCUCCUCUGCAGCUCCAAAAAACGAGAAAUUGAAUAGCAAGAUUGUGUGGCUGCCAAAUAUCGAUGUUGCGCAGGAGGACGUAGGGCGGCGGCUCGUGAAUCAAUUGGGCAUGUCGGGGGGUGGUGGAGGUAUGGUUGAGGGUGGCGUGAAGGCCCUGGAUACUGUGAUUAUUACGGCUGGGUAUUUUGCAACGGAGGAUUUCGUCAAUGGCCCGAAGUGGGCGGAGGAGGUCAAGAUGUAUUCAACCUCCGCGAUCUCACCCCCAUUCAUAGUCCAUUCCCUGUCCCGCUCCAAUUACCUCCAGAGAGGCUCCAAGGUCGUCCUCGUAUCCUCCGAAUCGGGCUCCAUAACCCUGCGACACAAAAAAGAAGGAGGCGGUAAUUACGGGCACCAUGCCAGUAAAGCUGCCCUGAACAUGGUGGGUAAGCUCCUCAGUUUAGAUUUGGAAGAGAAGGGAGUAGUGGUCAGUGUGGUGCAUCCGGGGUUUAUGAGGACGGAUAUGACCAAGGGUGUCGGGUUCGAUAAAUUCUGGGAUGCCGGUGGUGCUGUCACACCAGAUGAAGCGGCGAAGAGUCUGGCUGAGUGGGCCGAGAAGCUGGAUAUGAGCAAGACCGGACAGUACUGGGCGCCGAGGGGACCAGGGGAUAUUGGUACUGCUGAAGAGACUCUAGGCAAAGGUCUCCCCACUCCGUUGCAAUUACCAUGGUAG